AUGUGGACAGUUCACAGUCGAGAGUAUUUUGGGAUUCUCUCGUUCCCGGUGAUGAUAGCCAUGGUCUGCUGUGCGCAAAGCGUUAAUGAGCCUAGCAACAUGUCAUACGUGAAAGAGACAGUGGACAGAUUGCUCCAUGGAUACGACAUUCGCUUGAGGCCAGACUUUGGAGGUGCUCCUGUUGACGUCGGGAUGAGGAUAGACAUUGCCAAUAUAGACAUGGUCUCAGAGGUCAACAUGGACUACACGCUCACAAUGUAUUUCCAGCAGUCCUGGAGGGACAAAAGGCUGUCUUACUCUGGAAUACCUUUGAACCUAACUUUGGACAAUAGAGUAGCUGACCAGCUCUGGGUGCCAGACACAUACUUCCAAAAUGACAAGAAGUCAUAUGUUCAUGGGGUUACAGUGAAAAAUCGAAUGAUUCGACUACAUCCUGAUGGAACAGUCCUUUAUGGCCUACGGAUUACAACUACAGCUGCUUGCAUGAUGGAUCUACGCAGAUACCCUCUGGAUGAACAAAACUGCACACUAGAAAUUGAAAGUUAUGGAUACACCACUGAUGAUAUUGAGUUUUACUGGAAUGGAGGGGAAUCUGCAGUAACAGGAGUUAAUAAUAUUGAGCUCCCACAGUUCUCAAUUGUUGAUUACAAGAUGGUAUCAAAAAAAGUGGAAUUUACAACAGGGGCAUAUCCUCGAUUAUCACUUAGUUUUCGGCUUAAACGAAAUAUUGGUUACUUCAUUUUGCAAACCUACAUGCCUUCCACGUUGAUCACAAUUCUAUCGUGGGUAUCUUUUUGGAUCAACUAUGAUGCCUCUGCUGCAAGAGUUGCCCUAGGAAUCACAACUGUGUUGACCAUGACCACAAUCAGCACUCAUCUCAGGGAGACACUGCCAAAGAUUCCCUAUGUAAAGGCAAUAGAUAUUUACCUAAUGGGAUGCUUUGUGUUUGUAUUUCUGGCCUUGCUGGAAUAUGCCUUUGUAAACUACAUAUUCUUUGGGAAAGGCCCUCACCGUCAAAAAAAGGCAGCUGAGAAGGCUACUGAUGAGAAGGGCAAACCAGAGAUGAAUAAAGAUAGAACCAUAUUGGGUUGUUCCUAUAGAUGUCCGGGUACCCUUUACAAGCCAUCAGUUGAUGCCCAUGGAAACAUUCUUCUUACGACUCUGGAAUUACGAAAUGAGAUCAGCGGCUCAGAAGUGUUCACAGGUAUCAGUGACCCAAGAGCCACCAUGUAUUCAUAUGACAGUGCCAGCAUCCAGUAUAGAAGACCCAUCUCAAGCAGAGAACUCUACAGCAGAAGCACUUUGGACAGGCAUAUGGUUCAUAAAAAGGGGAACUUACGGAGAAGGGCAUCACAGCUCAGAGUCAAAAUCCCAGAUCUGACAGAUGUUAAUUCUAUAGACAAAUGGUCAAGGAUGGUCUUUCCUAUCACAUUCAUUAUUUUCAAUGUAGUUUAUUGGCUUUACUAUAUCCACUAA